AUGGACGGCGGGACAGGCUGUGCCGAGUGGAAGGGCAUGGGCGCACCAAGGGUUGCAGGGAUUCGUUCAGGAAAGAAGGGCCUGAAGAAGAAGAUCGGAGGACAGCACCCGGCGUCGGCGGUCCUGGUCCUGGUGUCGGCAGGCGUGAAUGCGCUGCGUUUGGCCAGAAUGACAUGGCACAAAAGGCUGACGCCGCGCAAAUGGGAGGCUGUCCGGCUGACUGGAGACCAGGACUGGACAGGCCGAUCAGCCGGUGGUCUACAAGAGUGGUACGACCUCCGCGCCCCUACCGUGUUCGAGACCCGCGUUGUCGGUAAGACUCUGGUCAACCGCACCCAGGGUACCAAGAACGCUGUGGACUACCUCAAGGGCCGUGUCGUUGAGGCUUCGCUCGGCGAUCUGAACAAGGACGAGGAGCAGGCUUACCGCAAGUUCAAGCUGCGCGUCGAUGAGGUCCACGGCAAGAACUGCCUGACCAGCUUCCACAGCAUGAGCAUCACCACCGACAAGCUGCGCUCGCUCGUCAAGAAGUGGCAGUCGCUCAUUGAGGCUCACGUCGAUGUCAAGACCACCGACGGUUACCUCGUGCGUCUGUUCAAGAAGACCACCUACGCCCAGACCGCCCAGAUCCGUGCCAUCCGCAAGAAGAUGUUCGAGAUCAUGACCAAGGAGGCUACCUCGGGCUCGAUGAAGGAGCUGGUCCAGAAGUUCAUCCCCGAGUCGAUCGGUCGCGAGAUCGAGAAGGCUUGCCAGAACAUCUACCCUCUCCAGAACGUGUACGUCAGCAAGUGCAAGGUCGUCAAGUUCCCGCGCACUGACGUCCAGAAGCUCAUCGAGAGCCACGGCAACCUCGAUGACGCUGGCAGCAAGGUCAAGAGCGAGUUCAAGGAGCCCGAGGUCCAGGCUGAGGUCUAA